UUUCAUUUGGGUUUUCAUCUUUAAUGGAUUUGUUCUCAGAAUCAUCCUCAAAUCCCAUUCCUUACGACACAACCAACACCGCCGCCGCCGCCGCCGCCGUUGUUACAGCAUGUCCUUCACCAUCUUCCUCCUCUUCCGCCACUGCCACCGCCACACCUAGCCGCUAUGAGAAUCAAAAACGGCGAGAUUGGAACACGUUUUGUCAGUACCUUCGCAACCAUCGUCCACCGUUGUCUCUACCGAUGUGCAGCGGUGCUCACGUGCUGGAAUUUCUCCGGUACUUGGAUCAGUUUGGGAAGACCAAAGUCCAUAACCAAACCUGCCCGUUUUUUGGCCUUCCUAACCCACCUGCCCCUUGUCCCUGCCCGCUCCGGCAAGCUUGGGGCAGCCUUGAUGCACUCAUUGGUCGCCUCCGUGCUGCCUAUGAAGAGAACGGCGGCCGGCCGGAAUCUAACCCUUUUGGAGCUAGAGCUGUUAGGCUUUAUUUAAGGGAAGUUCGUGAUUUUCAGGCGAAAGCAAGAGGGGUUAGCUAUGAGAAGAAGAGAAAAAGGCCGAAGCAAAAGAUUGCAAAUUCAAAUCAAGACGGUGCAACUUGAGAACGAGAACAAGAACAAGAAUGAAUACACAAUCAAGAACAUUGAUAUAGUUUUCUAUAUGAAUUAUGUGCUAAGAGAAUUUGUAACCUAUCGCUUAUUUUUAUGUCCAAUUCGUAAUCGCGUGGAAGUGUAGAUUUGAA